AUGCCGUAUACCCCCUCCAAAUUUUGCCUUACUUCUUCGACGGAGUUCCUGGAGAAAAUCCGGGAUUCCCCUGGCGACGGCACUAUGGCGUCCCUCGACGUGGAGUCCCUGUUUACCAACGUCCCCGUCGAUGAAACAAUAGGCAUCAUUUUGGAAAAGGUCUACAGGAACCCUGACAAGCAACCUCCGAACAUCCCUGAAGAAUUGCUUAAGACACUUCUAGACAUCUGUACGAAGAGAGCCCCCUUCACCACCCACAGAGGACAGAUGUUUCGUCAGAAAGACGGCGUGGCAAUGGGGUCCCCCUUGGGCGUCCUCUUUGCCAACUUUUACAUGGGUACCGUUGAAGAGCGGGUUUUUUCGCAGCACCGAUGUCCCCGGACGUAUGCCAGAUACAUCGACGACAUAUUUGUUCAAGCUGACUCCGAGGAAGAGGUUGAAGCCCUUCGCCAGCAGUUCCUGCACAACAGCGCCCUUAAUUUCACAAUUGAAUUUAGCAGCGAAGAUCGGUUAGCCAUGGAUCUAGAGGUGCCUGAGUGCAAGCUGUUGGCUAUCUGGGGAGCAACUGAGCGCUGCCAAGGCGUAGCUGAGAGAUCCAUACUAUAG